CGGCCGGACGGGUUAAGGGGGAGGGCCAACAUGGCGGCGCCCGCCAGCGAGUUCCGGCCUGGCGGCAGCGGGGAUGUGGCGGCAGCUGGGGCGGUCGCUGGCGGUCCGGGAAGGUCCCGGUAGCCCCGUGGUCCUUCGGGCCGGCCUCAAGAAGUACGUGCUGCCCCCGGACUACAGCGGUGUCACCCUGCCAGAGAGGACCAAGCUGAAGUUCAUGGACAAGGUCCCUGCGGUGCCCAAAGUGCGGCGGGAGCCCCGGCGGCUGCGCGACAUCCGUGGCCCAUCCGGGGAGGCCACCGAGUUCACGCAGGGGCAGUACGGCAUACUGGCCUUGGGAGGCGGCUAUCUCCACUGGGGCCACUUUGAGAUGAUGCGCCUGACCAUCGGCCGCUGCAUGGACCCCAAGACCAUGUUCGCCGUGUGGCGCGUGCCGGCCCCCUACAAGCCCAUCACCCGGAAGAGCCUGGGGCACCGCAUGGGGGGCGGCAAGGGGCCCAUUGACCACUAUGUGACAGCGGUGAAGAGCGGGCGCCUGGUCGUCGAGGUGGGCGGGCGCUGUGAGUUCGGGGAGGUGAAGCACUUCCUGGCGCGGGUGGCUGGGAAGCUGCCCUUCCCUGCGGCCGCUGUCAGUCGCGACACCCUCCAGCGCAUGCGGGAGGAGGAGGAGGAGAAGCAGCUCAACAACCAGAACCCCUGGACUUUUGAGCGCAUCGCCACAGCCAACAUGCUGGGGAUGCGCAAGUACCUCAGCCCCUAUGACCUGAGGUUCAAGGGACGCUACUGGGGCAAGUUCUUCCUGCAGCACCGGGUGUAACAUGCAGGUGGGGCUGGGCUGCCUUAAUAAAUCUCCCCCCCAUUAA